AUUCCCAUCUCACAGAAGAACAGGUGGGGGGCCAGAAAAUGCUGCCCCAACCCUGACGAGCACACGCCCCUUCCCCAGAUUAUAGCCUUUGACGAGCUGCGGACUGACUUCAAGAACCCCAUUGACCAGGGGAACCCAGCGCGGGCACGCGAGCGUUUAAAAAACAUCGAACGCAUCUGCUGCCUCCUGAGGAAGCUGGUGGUCCCAGAAUAUUCCAUCCAUGGCCUCUUCUGUCUGAUGUUUCUGUGUGCAGCAGAGUGGGUGACCCUGGGCCUCAACAUCCCCCUCCUCUUCUACCACCUCUGGAGGUACUUCCAUCGCCCUGCGGAUGGCUCUGAGGUCAUGUAUGAUGCCGUCUCCAUCAUGAAUGCCGACAUCCUCAACUACUGCCAGAAGGAGUCCUGGUGCAAACUCGCCUUCUACCUGCUCUCCUUCUUCUAUUACCUGUACAGUAUGGUUUAUACGCUGGUGAGUUUCUAAGGGGGAAGCCGGCCAGGGAGCGAGCCCAGAACGGACCGGACGCCUGUGCACCCCCAGCCCUGCUCCUCGGCCACAGAGGCCUCAGCCCUGGGGAGGGAGGGGGCACUGGUGCCCCCAGCCUCCUCUCCACCCCCCAAACUGCUGCUGCGGGGACCUCCCGCCUUCAGAGCCCCCUCCCCUCCGACUAGGGCUGGGCAGAGCUCUAAACAGGGGCAGGAGCUCCUCUGCCAGCCUGUGGCCAUGGCAGUCAGUCCUGGAAGGGGCGGGACCUUUGGCCUUGUCCACUUCGGGGGAACCUUGGACCCUGCCGAGGGGCAGGGCUUGACCCUGGAAGUUCUGGGCCGCCCCCAUUCACCCCCACCCUAAGGCGCCCCCUGCAGGUGGGGGGGUACCCACACCCAGAAUGAGCAGGCUCAGCAGGGGGACAGCCCCACCCCUAGUCUGCCCUCUCCCCUCCCCCAGGCUCUCUCUCUUCAGACCCUUCCCUGUCCCCACUUACCCCAACCCCAGCCCACCCUGUCUCUUGGAUCUAUUUUCUAUGUUGCCUGGAGGAGUCCAGCACCCCCUCCCCGGCCAUUUGUGACAAAAUAUGAAUAAACUACUGCAAACAUGUGGG